AAGCCAAGUAUUCAGGCAGAAACAGUCCCAAAAAAUAAUUCACUAUGUUAAGCAUGUGCAUCAAACCAGCGUCGAUAAGCGGAGACGAAGGAACGGUUGAAAUUGGAAGCUUGACGCACAUAUGUCAGUCAUAUACAUCUUGGUCUCCCGCACAUUUACGGUCUCACCGGUUAAACCAAAAUACAUAACUAUUAAGAACUCAAAUGUAAACAAGGAUAUGCGUUUUUAAAUGGCUUUAAAUAAAAGUGUUCAAAUGACUUCCCUAUCAGUGGCUCAAUUUGAUGGGAUGGAAAACUGCCAAACGCCUCAAAGGUCAAAUCACGUUAGCUCCGUUUUGCUGUACGGAGUGCAGAUUGUAUCCUUGCACAUUGAAGGUCAAGAGCGCCUUUGCUUGGCGCAAAUCUCAAAUACAUUACUGAAACAAUUUAGUUAUAACGAGAUACAUAACAGGAGAGUUGCUCUGGGCAUUACUUGUGUACAAUGUACACCCGUGCAAUUGGAAAUAUUGAGAAGAGCUGGCGCCAUGCCAGUGAGUUCCCGACGAUGUGGCAUGAUAACCCGAAGGGAAGCGGAGCGUCUAUGCAAGAGUUUUUUGGGCGACAAUGCACCACCACGACUUCCUGACGACUUCGCAUUCAACGUCCAGCACAAAUGUGCUUGGGGCUGCCGCGGAUCCUUCCUUCCCUCUCGCUACAAUUCAUCAAGGGCUAAGUGCAUUAAGUGUUCAUAUUGCGGCAUGUUUUUCUCGCCAAAUAAAUUUAUUUUUCACUCACAUCGCAUAACAACUAAUGACAGGUACGUUCAGCCUGAUGCAGCGAACUUUAAUUCCUGGCGUCGGCACAUGUCUCUGAGUGGAAAUGACUACGACGAGAAAAUAAUUCAUGCAUGGGAAGAUGUGAAAGCCAUGUUUAAUGGCGGGACAAGAAAGCGCCUUGUUGGCAGCAGCACUAAUAAUCGAAAUCCUGGCUCACCGACGCCAUCCACGGCGGUAAGUUCGGGAGUUGGCAGCAGUUCAUGUGGCUCCCCAACGAAUUUUGAAAGAGAUGACAAGGAAGUCGACGGGGAAUCGGAGUCCUCGCUCCCACAACGGCAGAUAGACAACCAGUACAACUACGGUACUGUAGCUGCAGCCGCUGCUGUAGUUGGAGUAACGGCGGUAGCAGCUGCAACUGUCGGCGUUCCCUUUAAUUUACAUGGCUCAACCGUCCUAUCACCUCUGCAUUCCCUUCGCAAUGAACGUGAUCUUUCUAUAAUGCCAAUUUCCAGGAACUUUGUAGUGGACUACAUGUGGCACCAGAAGGACCAACAUUAUCAGCAACCUUACUCAAGAAAAAUCCCCAACUGCGACAACAGUGACUCAAGCCUGGACUUUGAUUCCUGCCCGCGAUCUUGGGUUAGACCAGACACAAAUAAUCCAUUACCGAAUGCAAAUUCAAUUCGAACUUUGGAUAAUUGUUCUUUUAAUAUCAAAAACGAGUCCCAUUCGUCAAUUUAUGGCAUUAUAAAGAACCGUAAGCUCUCUGGAGUGGCGAACAGCGGGCUUAACCUGCCCGAUUAUAACAUUCCUUCCAUUCUUAAUUGCUCUGCGUUUAAACCAGUUGUAGCUUCGACAGCCAUUGUGUCUACGUCCUUGUACACCAGAUCUAAUGAUUCGAAACGAACUGAUUGUAACAACCCGAAACAAUCUACAAGAACCACAACGGUUUUAACACAUGAUAGUAUGUCAGGCUCUUCCCAUAAGAUAGUAGGUCAUGAGACUUUUUCGCCACUUUUAGGAAAAAUUCAGUCUAAUCCAGAAAAGAAGUCAAUAGCUUCUGUUUUAGCAAACAGUGUGACCAGGAAUGCAGAUGAUAAUGAUGAUGACGACGAAGUAGUGGACAUCGAGACAACUGAAGAUGAAGGGAAAUUCGCAGAUCAACACGCUGACGCCCCCAAAACACCGGACGCCGUUAUUUCCGGAAGCGAAAGUACCAGCCGUUCUCCGUCAACAAGUACAAAUAUAGAUGUAGAAGCAGAUGUCGAUGUAGAUGUCGAUAUCAUUACAACAGACGCUGAGAACCAAAUAGAGUUAAAUGUCAGCCGAUGCGCAACUGAAAACACAAGUCAUUCCUUAUCACUUUUCCAAACUGAGAAAAUAAAAAUUUCAGAUUUGUCUCCCAAAUCCAAAAUGAGGCUCGGCGAUAAUGAAACUAUCACUUCAAAGGAGACAAAAGGAAUUAAUGGACAUAUAAAAGUUUUAACUCGCCGAAAAAAAGACAAAAUCCAUAAGGAUCGAUGUCUUUCCAAAAGAACAGUUUCAAAAUAUGUUAGUGAGAAAUCGCUAAUAAGGGGCUUAGCUGCUAAUGAACUAUCAUCCAGUUUACAAAUUCAACAGCAUGUUGCCUUCCCAGUAUUUUUAAAAUCACACACGCAGUCGUUUCGUCCUCAACAAGCUCAGCAGGCGGCAUCCUUUAGCCCUAAUUCUGUGGCGGAGUCUAAUAAAUGGAGUUAUCAAGUCGGCAACGUUGACCCAUUAUGUUGUUACCAAACUUCUGGAAAUAAAAAUUGUCUAGAAUUUAAGUAAUUUUUGAAGAAAUAAAAAAUCACUUAGAAGUAAGAAAAUGUAUCAAUCUUAUUGAUUAAAAGGAUCUUAACGCUAUGCUCAAAAUAAGAAAUUGAUCAGAAAUAAAUAAUUUUCA